AUGAACUCCUCGAACAUAUAUGCUUUCAACUUCAUCCCUUGGAAGUUGUUAAAUGCCGCCUCGCGCUUUAAGGAGCUGAUUGAUGGCUCAAUCGAACUUCAACUCCGGAUCGGCCUGGCGAUUGACGGCUAUUUACUCAGCUAUCGAGGAAAGCAACCUGCAAAGGACGUGGCUGCUUUUCACGAAAAACGUCGGAGUGCCUUGGAGAGCAUGAAGUGUGUCGCGAGCUGGGAAGAGCCUUUUGCAGCGGGGGAUGUUGGCCAAUAUGCGGCCCGUGAUGGGAUCUUGGCUCAAAGCCUUGGCGACCCUCCAACAAGCGGUGGCUUUAGGACUCUUGUUUACAAAGAGUUGGUACCUCCUCAAUCCGGGAAGAAAGCAUGGGUCCACACAUGGCAGGACCUUGGUUUCUUGUCUAUAGACUUCUCUUUCUGGAUACAAGGAGAUCUGCAAAUACUAAUAGAACCUCGUGACAAUGA